AUGGCGAUGGAUGAGCGCGACGAGCUAUUCGAAGCCGUUCGAAGAAAAGCCGUGCCCCAGGGGCUACCCGGUGACUUGCGAAGCCCAGAAACUAAACUACAUCAGAUCCACACCAUAUUCGGGGGACUGGAGGCAGGUGAUGUAAGCCACCCCGCCGUCAAGGAAAAUACCAACGGUGUAGGGGACGACCCUGAAAGCAUCAAGUCGGAACACCCUGGAACCGACAAGAUAGGCUUCACUUUCGAAGAACGAGAGAAGGUCUUGGCUCCACAUCAUGACGCCCUUGUCAUCUCGCUUACUAUAGCGAACUGUCUGGUCAAGAGGAUACUGGUGGACAGUGGUAGCUCUUGUAACAUCAUCUUCCAGGCUGCAUAUCAAGGUCUAGGGCUGGAGGAGAAUGCCCUGAUACGAAAAGCGACCCCCCUCAUCGGGUUCAGCGGAGAAAUCAAACGAACAACGGGGGAAACCAUCCUCCCUACCUACGCUGAAGGAGUCAGCUUACACACCAAGUUCUCGGUCGUUAACUGCCACUCUUCCUAUAACGGGAUUCUGGGCCGAGCAUGGAUUCACAACAUGGGGGCGGUCCCCUCAACUCUCCAUCAGAUAAUAAAAUUCCCCACACCCUGGGGCAUUAGAGCGAUUAAAGGAGAUCAGGAAAUCGCUCGCCACUGCUACCAGGUCGCUCUAAAGAAACGGGCUGAGGUAGCUCCACCCUCGCAAAGCAAGCCUUGGGCUCCACAUACGGAAGAACCAGCGAUUGAAGAUAUGGAUGACGUGCCGUUGAUCGAAGGAAACUGGACCCGUAACCUCGAGAUCGGCUCCAAACUCUCUGAGGGGCUGAGAAGAAGGCUGAUAGACUUCCUUAGAUCAAACUCCGAUUGCUUCGCGUGGUCCCACUUGGAUAUGCCCGGGAUCGACCCAGAGAUCAUUAUGCACCAGCUGCAAUAUCCAGAAUGGCUGGCCAACGUGGUCGUAGUCAGAAAAAAGAAUGGAAAAUGGCGAGUCUGCAUUGUUUUCACGGACCUCAACAAGUCUUGUCCAAUGGACCCCUUCCCUCUGGCUCACAUUGAUAAGCUUGUCGAUGCCACAGCUGGACACCAACUAAUGAGCUUCAUGGAUGCCUUCUCCGGCUAUAACCAAAUACUCAUGCAUCUCGAAGACCAAGAGAAGACCUCCUUCAUGACGUCCCGAGGGAUCUAUUGCUACAAGGUCAUGCCCUUCGGUCUGAAGAACACCGGAUAG